AUGGCAUCAGCUAAUGUGCUUCGAGCAGUAUCCUAUUCUCAUUCGAAUGAAUCAAAAGACACCAAUGAAACAAGUAGUGUCUAUUAUCAAACGUAUGGUACAUUGAUUGAAAGUAUAAAACAGACUUUAGUUGAAAAAGCGGACGCAUCGUAUAACAGCGAAACACAGCAAAAGCAAAUAACAGCUCGAAAUCUCAAACGAAAACAGCGAUACGAUGACGACACACAAAACACUCAAAAAUCUAUAGCUACUGGUGUUCAAGCGCUACACAGCUUUCACGAACUAUCCAUCAUUAAUGAAAUUCGAAAGCGAACAUAUUCUCACUGGCAACUGAAAUCACCGUCCCGGUCACAGAUGAUCGAGAGUGGCUUCUUCAACUGCAACGUCAACGACCGUGUCAUUUGCAUUUACUGCAAUUUGAUCUGUCAGCAGUUUAUUGUUCACGAUGAUCCGAGUGAAAUUCAUAGGAUUUUGUCCCCCAACUGCUGUUUUGUCAAAACAAAUCUCAUCUCAACAAGUACAUCGACGCCAGUCAUUCUCAACGAAAUACCAAAUGCGCAGACGGAUAUUGAAGUUGUUUCCGCUCGAGCCUGUAAUCAACAGUUUGUUGAAAUAUCAAAACGUCACGCAACAUAUGCAUCGUGGGCACAUGAUGACCCGUUGCCUGCAGUUGACAAACUCGUUCGGGCUGGCUUCUUCUACACGGGUACAAAAGCUAUUGUAACCUGUUUUUAUUGCAAUGGAUCGCUUCAAAACUGGAGUGCAAAGGAUGAUCCGAUGAUUGAGCAUUCUCGGUGGUUUCCCCACUGUCUCUAUGCAAAGCAGUUGUGUGGUGAUGAAUUGUAUCAAAAAAUUCAACUGUCAAAACGAAUUACACAGCAAGAUUCUGAUGUGUCAGAUGUUGUACUACCACUGCAAAUUCCCGAUGAGGGUACAUUAUCAAAAUUUGUGGCUGCUCGACUCGAUUUACCAAUCUCACAGCGUGUUUUAGCGAAGUUUAGAUUGUCGAUUGUUAAACGCUGUUAUGAAGAUCAGCUCCGAUUAAAACUCACGGAUUUUCCGAGUGAUAUCGAUCUAUUCAUGGCUUGUUUGAUUCUCCAGAAAGAAAUUGAAAUAAUAAACGGUAAAAAAGAAAAUAUUAUUAUCCCAUCGCAAAAAUUGCAGAAGAUAUCGGAAAAAAAUAAACAAGAAGCAAUGGAAGCACAACUGAAUGCAGCAUUAAAAUGUGACAAAGAAGAAGACUCAUCUGCAACGGUUUCAUCAACAUCUUCAGUUUCGAACACAGUAGUCAAGCAUAUUUAUAAAACAGAAGAAAAAGUGAAAUCAAACGGCACCAGUGCCUGUUUAUUAUGUUUAACAGAUGAAAAACGUUUGGCUUGCAUUCCAUGUGGUCAUUUGUCAACCUGCGUCCCAUGUGGUCAUUCACUACGUACCUGCCCGAUAUGUCGACGAGAAAUUCAUGCUUUUGUUCGUGUCUAUACAUAA